UGCACAUUUGUUAUGUGGUUACAUCACACACAGGUCAUAGAAGGUCCAAGCUUACUGGUGGUCCUCAUCGUUGCUCUGGGAGAGUGGAGGUGCUUCAUGAAGAGACCUGGUCCACGGUGUGUGAUGCUGACUUUGACCAGCAGGAUGCAGAGGUUGUGUGUCGAGAGCUGGGCUGUGGGCUUCCUGUGGAGGUGCUGGGAGCAGCUGCUUUUGGCAGAGGGGAGGGUCAGGUGUGGUCAAAGGAACUUCAGUGUAGAGGAAUUGAAUCUGAGAUUUCCCUUUGUCCAACAUCAUCUUCACUUAGACUCAACUGCACCCAUGGCAGUGAUGUGGGACUCAUAUGUUCUGGUCACACUCAGGCUUGGCUUGUAAACGGCUCUGACUCCUGUUCUGGUCGAGUGGAGCUCCAGUACCUCAGUGAGCGGGGCACAGUGUGUGAUGUAAGCUGGGAUAUGAGAGCUGCCAGUGUCCUCUGUGGUCAGCUGAAGUGUGGGAGUGCUGUGGCUGUGUUGGGGUCAGACUGGUUUGGGGAGGGGAGUGGCCAGAUCUGGGCUGAUGUGUUUGAUUGUCAGGGGAACGAAACACACCUGUCAAAAUGUCCCAUUUCAUCAUGGAGUCGAACUGCAUGCUCUCAUAAACAGGAUGCUGGAGUCAUCUGCAGUGGUUCACUCAUGGCAGUUCAUGAGGGGCGAGUGCGGUUGUCUAGAGGGAUGGAAUGUGAGGGGGAGGUAGAGCUUUACUUCAAGCAGGACUGGAGGAGAGUUCUGCUGGACUCCUGGAGUGAGUCUGUGGCCUCUGUGGUCUGCAGACAGCUGGGCUGUGGCUCCGUGUUCAGCUUCUCCAGCUCAUUUACAUCCAGUCCUGAACACGGCCAUGUGUGUGUGACGGGUUUCAAAUGUUCUGGGAGUGAAGCUCAUCUGGGGAACUGCAGCAGCGGACAAGCAGUCAACUGCAGCUCCAGAGAUCAGCUCUCAGUCACCUGCUCUGCUCACAGCUCCAUCAGGCUGGUUGGUUCUGGGGGAGACUGUGCAGGAAGGCUGGAGGUUUUCCACAGUGGCUCAUGGGGGACAGUGUGUGAUGACUUGUGGGAUAUUGAGGAUGCGCAGGUGGUUUGUAGACAGUUGCAAUGUGGAGUUGCUCUCAGUGCUCCGGUACCAGCCCAGUUUGGACCUGGAACUGGACCCAUAUGGCUGAAUGAGGUGGAUUGUGAGGGAAACGAGACGUCCCUGUUUAACUGCAGAUUUCAGAUGUGUGGAGAAGAUGAAUGUGGCCACAUGGAGGACGUAGGAGUCGUAUGUUCCGAGUUUAAAGAGAUCAGACUCACUGAGGGCUGUCAGGGGAAUCUGGAAGUGUUCUACAAUGAAACCUGGGGUAAUGUGUGUACAAAUAACAUGGAUGAAGAAGUAGCAAAUUUGGUCUGUCAAGAGUUGAACUGUGGAAGAUCAGGCAGUUUGAGCCAAACCAAAGCAAGAGUGGAAUCAGCUCCUAACUGGCUGGAUGAUCUGAAAUGUAGGAAACAUGACUCCACUCUGUGGCACUGUCCAUCUUCAGCCUGGGGACAGAACAGCUGUGAUAAUCUAAAUGAAGUGGCUCACAUUACCUGCUCAGGAGAGAUAAAUCAUUCUUUGCUGCGAAACCAUCUGAAAUGCUCCUCAUUUCCAAACCAGAGUCAAUGCUCAAAGCACCGGCCUCUCAGGCUGAGUGGAGGGAAUGGAAGCUGCUCUGGGAGGCUGGAGGUGUAUCACAACACUGAGUGGGGCUCCGUCUGUGAUAAUGAGUGGGACAUCAGUGAUGUUCAGGUGGUCUGCAGGCAGCUGGGCUGUGGGCCGGCGCUGAGUGCUGAUGGGAGUGCUGUCUUUGGUGCUGGUGUAGGGCCUAUCUGGCUGAACAGAGUGAAGUGUAGAGGGAAUGAGAUUCACCUGUGGGACUGUCCUCAUUCCCUGAAGGACCACGCUGACUGUUCCCACAGUCAGGACGCUGGAGUCACCUGUACAGACAUAUUUGUAUCCACCACUGUUACAUCCAGAGUAACUACUAUUACCAUCACAGCUGGUCAGACAGAGAACGAAGCAGUUACUCCUACACAAACUUUUUCAGCAGCUGUUCCAUCCAUCUAUCCAGUGUCUCUCCUGGUUCUGGGAGUGCUGCUCUUCCUGGCCUUAGUGCUGCUGUUUGUGCUGUUUUACCAGAACAGAGUGCUCAGGAGAGUGCUCUCUAAGAGGAAGCAUAAAACUCAGACUGAGGCAGUCUAUGAAGAGAUCGACCAGAGAAUCAUCACUAAGAGAACGACUAAAAAGGUAAAUAUCCUCUCUGAAGAACAACAUUCAGGAUAUGAAGAUGUGGAUGAGGAGCUUCUCUCAGCAAAGGCUGUGAAUGAGGAAAAAGCUGAAUAUUAUGAUGAUGCCUCCACCCGUAGCCUGAAAAGUGAGGCGGGAACUAGAGACACUCCAGAUACCUAUGAUGAUGUCAUUUCUGCUGGACACACAACAACUAGAGAAGCAAAGAACAAGGUGGAGCUCUAUGAUGACGCCGUUCCUGCUGGAAAGAAUCUACAGGUUACAGCAGUGUACAAACCAGAGAACUAUGAUGAUGUCAUCACUCCUGGACAGGAUUUUGGAGAUUCAGCAGGCUAUGAUGAUGUGGAGGUGUCUGAGAAAGAGGCACAGAUCAUCUGACAGAGACCCAAAUAAUGCGUCUACUCAGGAAAUGACAUUCGAGCUUCUUAAAAUCAGCCAAAGUUUGAACAACAACAAAUUAUUUUAUAUUCUACUUGAAGAUGUUUGUAUUCUUGUGA